AUGCAUUCAGAGUCAGUUAUUGGUCCGGAUGGCCAACAAAAGUCAAACUAUGACCGGUGGAAACCAAGCACCAAACUUGCUUGUAUGAUUGAACUGUACGGUGUUUCCAAGAACCCGGAGUAUUUUGAUCAGUCAAGACAGAGAUUCAGUCCAUUGGCCUGGCACUUGGUGGCCGAUGCUUUAAACAAGGAGUACCCAAAUGUUGCCAAACGCUUCACUAAUAUCAACAUCAAAUGUCGUUAUCAGAGGGUAUUGAAGUACCACAAGGUGUUCAAGCGCAUGGCGCUUGCAAGCAGUGGCUUUAAGUGGAACUCGCGGGCAUUCUGUUUCGAAGAGACCGCUGCCAUAGAGGACCAACUUUCUCGCAAUAAUCUUAAUGAUGAAAUUCUCAAUAGUGAAAUCAAUCUUGUGAAGUUGCUAACGAAAGCUGGACAUGCAGAUAUAGAGUACUUUCACAGAUUCAUAUAUGUGGAUUCAAAGAACUCUGAUCGCGAUGAUCAAGUAUUACAGUCAAAGUCUUACAUCAAUUUUGCCAUUGAGUAUGGAGUCCUCACCCAAAGCUCAUCAAGACCCGAAUUCUUUAAGGACUUACAGAAUGCCACGUCGAAUCCAACAUCGUUUUUGGCCCCUUCUGUGAGCCACGUGCCACCGACAUAUUCAGAAAACUAUGAUCAACACAAACCAACUCUACCUCUCUCGACCAUGGCGAUUGGAGUUGGUGCCAGUAUUGUUACCAAUGAUGGUAGUGGUUUCCUGAAUCAACUUCCACAACUUGAUAUGAACCAAGUAGGAGCAGCGCAGUUUCAUUACCCACAGACUCAAGCUUCUCACACCGAGGUACCGUCUUCAGUGCUAAGUUACCCUUACACGCCCGUCCCAUCUCGUCAUGGUUCUGAUACGUCACAUGUAACCAGCAUAACAAUGCCAUCAUUGACUGAUAAUAUCGACCAAUUUGGAUUCUCGGAGUACACGAAUGAUAUAAUUUGUUCAAUACCUCAGGUAACGCUGAGUCGUGACGGAGAUCUAAGAAAAAAGAGAAAGUUGGACAACGAUAUACAGAAUGAGAGUGGCUCUCAAGCACUAACGCCUGAAGAAUUCCCCUUUAUUGAGCAACACUUUGACACAUCUCUAUUACCGUUAAACGCGGUACUUACCAUUCACAAAGAGUUUGAGCACAUGAAGGAAGCUGUCAGCAAUAAAGUUUACGAUCUCCGUAUGAGCCAAACCAUAUCGUAUGAAGAUUUCACCAAAUUGCAACAAUUGUUGGAAACAUCUACUUCUUUCUUAAGAAGUGCCAACAAGAGACUCUCGAACGAUGAAUCGUUCCUGGAGUUGAUCAAAGUUUAUACGGAUAAGAGCUGA